AAAGAUUGUGACCUACCAAAAGCCGCAAUCACGGCUCUGCACGCUGGCGUCAAUAGUUUUGGCCAAUUGCCACCAAACGCGCAAAAUCCGGCAGACGCGGUGUUGAACGGCAGUGGUGGCGGUGCGGCCCGGUUGCAUGUCACUGGGGGCCUUUGCGAUACUAAUCCGCAUCACAAUAAUAACAACAAUAACACGAAUAACAAUAACAUGCAACAGCAGGAUCAGCGUUUCUAUCUCUUGCAGAAUUCGGAUAAAAACAACAAGCAGAAGCGACAUCGGACGCGCUUCACGCCCGCCCAACUCAAUGAGCUGGAGCGCUGUUUCUCGAAAACGCACUAUCCAGACAUUUUUAUGCGUGAGGAGAUUGCGAUGCGCAUCGGAUUGACCGAAUCGAGAGUGCAGGUCUGGUUUCAAAACCGUCGCGCCAAGUGGAAGAAGCGCAAGAAGACUACAAAUGUCUUUCGUACACCGGGCGCUUUGUUGCCUUCGCAUGGGCUGCCGCCAUUCGGCGCCAACAUCACCAACAUUGCCAUGGGCGAGGGCCUUUGCGGGACCGGCAUGUUUGGUGGUGAUCGUUGGGGCGUGGGCGUAAAUCCGAUGACUGCAGGUUUUGGUCAAUUAAAUCAAUCUUCGCCGCUUUCAUCUACAAUAAAUAGUGGUCUUAAUUCGGGUAUUAACAUUGGUUCCGCAAUGGGUGCUGGCAGCUAUCAGCAUUAUGGACUAAACGCUUUAGGUGACUCGAUGAUGUAUCAGCAUACGGUUGGUGGCGUAAGCUGCGGCGCCAGCGGCUCACCCACCACGACCACGCCCCCGAACAUCAAUUCGUGUUCGUCGGUUACACCGCCACUGUCGAAUCAGCCGAAUGCCGGCCCAAAUGAGAUGAACGGUGACCAAAUGAACGGUCCACCACAUCAUCAGCAACAACCACCAACGCCGCAACAGCAACAGCAGCAGCAGCAACAACAACAACAGCAAGCCCACCAACAAAAUCACCAUCAUCAACAGCCACCGUCACAGCAACAGCAGCAGCAGCAACAGCAGCAGCAACAACAGCAACAGACACAGCCACAACAUCAGGAGCAUGCGGCAAAUAAUGGUGGCACACACAUGGUGCCACACUGUCACCAAUCCAUGCAAUCGCCGUCAGAUGGCGGCAAUGGCGUUGGCGAAGAGGAUGUUUGGCGAGGACACAGUAUAGCUGCCUUGCGACGACGCGCUUCCGAAUUGAAUGCAACUUCGGCGAUUCCAUCAUACUUGCAUCACGCUGCCGCCGCACACAACAACUACGAACACCACAAUUCGGUCUACUGA